AUGAAUCUGGAUUAUGCGCAAUUUUUCUCAAUAGAAGAUGCAGUAGAAGAGAAGCAUCCGUUUCUGUACCGGGUCAAAAACAUCACGGUGCCGUUCGGUGAGAAAGCAGAGCUCUUGUGCAUCGUUGAUAAUCUCGGAUUCCACAAGAUGAUGUGGAUCCGAAACGAGACGGUGCUGACCGAGAACGAGAAGGUGAUGCUUGAUGAUGCCAGGGUUUCGGUUUCGACUCGGGAAAAUCGCACUUGGUCGCUUCACAUCGAACACGUGUCAUCGGGCGACGUUGGCUGUUACACGUGCCAAGUAGACGAGCUGAAGAGUGUCGGAUGCAUCCUCGCGAAAGAGUCGCCUGUCCUAAUUGAGGACAAAAGUAGCGGAGACGUGACGGUGAGGGAGUGGGACGACGCGAGACUGUCAUGUCGGGCCAGAGGGAACCCUCAGCCCGAGAUCCAAUGGACAAGGGAGGACGACAGGGACAUCUUGCAGAUUGGAUUUACCAACUCCACAGAUGGAGAUGAGGGACCCCUAUUCUUGUCGGAUCUUUUCGGCACUCUCUUCAUCGAAACGAAAUCGGUGAAAGGGGAAGUUCUGGAGUUGUCGAACAUCCAUAGGGGUGAGGCCGGACCGUACGUGUGCACUGCUACCAAUGGCGUCCAGCCUGAUGUCAGCAAACGCAUUCAGGUCAACGUUCAAUAUGCACCGUCAUCUGAUGAACAUUGGGCGGGACUGGCGAUCGAGAUGGGGGAGGAAGCGAGACUCGAAUGCACAAUGUCUGGUUUUCCGAAGCCUAAAAUCACUUGGACUUUCAACGGAAUGCACAUCAACUCCACUGUGGAGGAGGAGGAACUGGAAGUCGGCUUCGGAUGGCGGCAACACAAGAGCUGGAAGCAGACGUUGGUCAUUCCAGCUGUAGAAGCCAAGCAUUAUGGCCUCUACGAGUGCCAUGGAAUGAAUAGCCUCGGCAAAUCCACUUCUCACAUGCACCUCCAGAGGGAAAAGAAGAGCGUCACAGCUUCUUCUUUCCGUUGGGAAGGAACUGCUCUGAAACGGACACCCUGCAUCACCGACAUAAUCUACAUUUCCUGGCUGCCGGCGGCCCUCACUUCUAGAACUGAUCAAGAUGAAGAUAAUGAAGAUAAAGAUCUGGAUGUCGAAGAUACCGAAGACUAUUUUGGAACUGAUUGGCUGGAAAGAAGUCUGGCUUUGAGAAGGAUGUCGUUGAUUCGUCAUACGCUAUCAGCUCCAGAGAAUGUGAAGGCGAGAGCCAUAAGCUUAACCACUCUGAUGAUACAGUGGGACGAAUUGGAAAAGUCACACCUAGAUGUAAUGGCCUACAAGGUCUACUAUACCAGUAACCCUGCCAUGGAGACAUCAAUGUGGUCGAGCCAAUUGGUGGGUGGGAACAACUUUACGACAAUCUCAGGCUUAACACCGUUCACAGUCUAUGGCAUCCGUGUGGAGGUAUACACUUCCCUCAAGCGUGGACAUGCCUCACCACCUAUACAAACCAAGACUCAAUAUGGGGUUCCGUCAAUGUUGGUGAACCUCACAUUUAUGGAUGGGAAUGCCACAACCAUCAAGCUCAAUUGGGAUCUACAAAAUGAACCUGUUCCGAUCAUCAGCUACGAAUUAUAUUGGAAUGAUACCUAUAAAAAUGAAGUCCAUUCCAAGAGCAUCCCAGUCACGAAAGAGUACAACUUGACCGGCUUGUAUCCAAACAGUCAAUACUUCAUAUGGCUCUCAGCUAAAAGCAAGAAUGGGGAAGGUGCACCAACUCCUCCGAUGCUUGUCUCCACACAAACAUAUGUGCUUAGUGAACCGGAUGAGGUAGAGACCGAGUUGGUGAACUCCACAUCUGUAUUUUUUAAAUGGAAACCUCCCAAGAAGAAGGAACAGCAUCCGUUGAUUGCGGGCUAUCGAAUCAGCAUCCAGGAGACUGAUGAUCUCAAGAAACUCAUUGGGGACCCACUCAUAUACAGUGUUAGGAAUGGCUCUGUAUUGACGUACCUUGCCACAGAUCUCCAACCAGACACAAAUUAUGAGGCUCAGGUGACAGCUUUGAUGCGUCAGGGGAAUGGGACAGGAAGUAGCCUCAUCUUUUUCAAGACUCCUGGAGGAGUCCCUUCUAGGCCAAUACUUCACGUAAGGCUGUUAGACGUAAAGACCAAUGGAGUAGCUGCUGAAGCAACAUGGGCCAAACCAUCUAUAACAAAUGGGAAAAUUCAGGGAUGGCGUCUGCGUUAUGAAAAGCGAUUCGAUUCCUACCUAAAUCUCCCACGUAAUGAGCAAGAGAAGAGUCACAUGAAAGAAAUAAUCUUGAAACAACCUGAUACGAUUAAUUACAGAAUUGAAAACCUUGACAAGGGAUGUGAGUAUGAGUUCCGACUGUCUGGCUGCGACGAUGCCGGCUGCGGUCAGGAAGCAAUGGCACACAUGAGAACCCCUGAGGGACCCCCAACUGGCCCGCCCACAAACAUCUCCUUCCGCUUCAUCACUUCAGAUAUAAUUGCGAUCUCUUGUGAAGAACCGACGCCACUUCAUAGCAAUGGCCGUAUCCUAGGCUACACUCUUCAACUGCAUAAGACUGAUACCUCACUCAUCUGGGAAAAAAAUUUCUCCACGCCCGAGUUGACGGUGACGGGUCAGGGAGAGAACAUUCCGUUUUACUUUCGGAUUCGUGCGUACACCAGCAAAGGUGCUGGUCCCUUCUCCGAGAAGAUGCAUGUCUCUACCACUCCUGAGAUCAUCCGAGCUCCCAUUAGCGUUCAGGCCAUGGCAACCUCAAAGGAUUCCUUGGAAGUCUGGUGGGAUGAAGUUCCGCGAGAAAACAUUGGAGGAUAUAGGAUAUAUUAUAACAUGGCUGAAACCGAGAAUCCGGAACAGUGGAUACAGAAAGACAUCCCGUGCGCGUCUUCCGCCAAACUGCAAAACUUGGUGCGAUUGGCCGAGUACUCCAUACGAGUGGCUGCCCGCACCAAAGACGUGAGACUAGGUUUCUCUCUUCUCCUUAGCUUCAGAGUGGAGUUGAAUGGAGAGGUAUCCCAGCAUAUGGUUUCUACUCAGGGAGGCUUGGGGAAACUGUCAGAGAUGAUACGGGUGAAAGUUUCAUUUGAAGCAGUGAAAGAGUUUGUGGACGAAAAUGGAGCCACACAGAUGGAGAUUAUCCCACCUCGAAUCAUCUUCCUCAAUAGGACCGAUACAUCAUACACCCUGCAUGGACUCAGCCCCUUCACAACAUACAGGGUGAACGUGAGCGCAGUCCCACCCAAGAAGGACUAUCGUCCUCCGGCCAGCAUCUACGUCACCACGAAGAUGGAUGGUUUGACUCACUCACAUGCUGUAGAGACCUCAACCAGUCUCUUCACUGAACUUCCUCCUGAAGAUCGUCCUUACAUCGCGGCUAAGUUCAUCGGAGAUGUCCCUUACAUAUUCAACCUGGGAGACUCUCAGACCUUCAAUAGCUAUCUCAACAAGCCCUUGCCUAAGAGUAAACGCUAUAAGAUCUUCCUUCGAGCCUAUGUCGACAGUCCCACCGAGCCAAAUCAGUUUGGUACAAGUAACAUGUCAAGCUUCCUGUCCCUGGACAUGACCCCCAUUCCACCAGGGGCAAUUCCAAACGACCGCCUUCUCUCGAGUGCCACUGCUCAUCUAUCAGCCGAGAAAGGAAAUUCGCUUUGGGUGAUCGGUCCUGUGAUCGCAACCUUGCUCCUCGUGUCGUGUCUCGCGUUUUUCAUCUAUUUGAGACGGCGUAGAAUCCUGCAAAAGACUCAGGAAUCAACUGCUGCGUUCAACCCACUCAUCCACUCUGAUAUCUUUGAGUCGACUCCAAGCCUCGGCGAGUGACUGUUGCUGAUGACUCUAUGAAACUGAAAAUGUUCCAUUUCAGAGAUGGGAAUAUGCUUCCCCAGCACCCAAGAGAAAAAGCACCCUCCCUUUUUGCAAAUGUGAAAUGUCAUGUAGAUUGUCUAUGGGGAAGUCUUGUCUUGAAGUCUAUGGAGAAGGAUACCUUGGUUGUUUGCAAAG